UUCGGGUUUGGCUGGCGGCGGCUGGCGACUGGGGGGAGGGGUUGUCCAAGAUGGCGUUGAUGGAGGAAGAGGAACAGGCGUUGCUGGAUGAGGAUUCGCUGCCCAAGGACCAUGGCGACCCUGCGCGCAAGCCCUUGCCGGCGUUGUGCGACCCUCAGCGGCUGGCCCACAGGCUGCUGGUGCUGGCGCUCAUGUGCUUCCUGGGCUUCGGCAGCUAUUUUUGCUAUGACACCCCAGCAGCUCUGCAGACUCAAGUUCAGAGGGAUAUGAAAGUAAACACAGCUGAAUUCAUGGCAUUGUAUGCCUGGUAUUCCUGGCCUAAUGUGGUUUUAUGCUUUUUUGGAGGCUUUUUGAUAGACAGAGUAUUUGGAAUAAGGUGGGGUACAAUAAUAUUCAGCUGUUUCGUCUGUGUGGGACAAGUAAUUUUUGCUGUGGGAGCAAUAUGUAAUGCUUUUGGGCUGAUGGAAUUUGGCAGAUUUGUAUUUGGGAUUGGUGGUGAGUCCUUAGCAGUGGCACAGAAUACCUAUGCUGUGAGUUGGUUUAAAGGAAAAGAAUUAAAUCUUGUUUUUGGUCUGCAGCUCAGCAUGGCUAGAAUUGGGAGCACUGUGAAUAUGAAUAUUAUGGGAUGGGUGUACUGGAAAGUUCAAGAUCUGUUUGGUUCUACAGGCCACACAACUCUGGGCAUAGCACUCUUGAUAGGUGGUAUCACAUGUAUCUUUUCACUAGUUUGUGCUCUUAUUCUUGCUUACCUGGACAAAAGAGCAGAGAAAAUUCUUUGCAAAGAACAAGGGAAAACUGGUGAAGUGAUAAAAAUAACUGAUGUGAAAGACUUCUCAUUAUCAUUAUGGCUCAUAUUUUUAAUCUGUGUCUGUUACUAUGUGGCUGUCUUCCCUUUCAUUGGUCUUGGAAAAGUUUUCUUCAUUGAGAAAUUCAAAUUUUCUUCUCAAGCAGCAAGUGCGAUUAACAGCAUUGUGUAUGUUAUAUCGGCCCCAAUGUCCCCUAUCUUUGGAAUUCUAGUAGAUAAAGUUGGAAGGAACAUCACAUGGGUUAUAUGUGCUGUGGUGGGAACAUUAACCUCUCACAUUAUGUUGGCCUUUACUUUCUGGAAUCCUUGGAUAGCAAUGUGUUUGCUUGGAGUUGCUUAUUCCUUGCUUGCCUGUGCCUUAUGGCCCAUGGUUGCUUUUGUUGUACCAGAACACCAGCUGGGAACUGCUUAUGGAUUCAUGCAGUCAAUCCAGAAUUUGGGUCUUGCGAUCAUUGCCAUUGCUGCUGGGAUGAUACUGGAUUCCCGAGGAUAUUUCUUCCUAGAAAUUUUCUUCAGUUCUUGUUUGUGUUUGGCCCUUAUCGCUGUAGUCGCGUUAUACUUUGUGAAUUUGUUCAGAGGAGGAGACCUUAACUGGUCUGCAAAGAAGAGAGAAAAAUUGCAGAAGCUAGCCAUGGCUGAAGCAAAAAGACGGGAAAAAAUCAGACGUCAGAAUGAAGAUGACUUAGCCAAAUUACAACCCAAGAGUGACUUUAGUUUGAGGAAUAGGUAUCUCUGCAGAUUAGGUGCUCAGCUGCCAGCCAACUGUGUUUGCCACUUAUCUGCACUGGCACACAGAAGUGUGUUGAAAUAGCAGAAUUGUAUCAUGACAUGGACAAACAAAAUAAGAAAUUGUAUCAACACAAGACCUCACUCUUCUGUAACAGAGAUCAACAUAUAGAAUAACAACAGAAUACUAUUUAGUAGUUUUCUGCAAACAUUAAUAAUAGCUGAUGUCUUGGAAGACUUUAAAGAGCCUACAUUGAACUCUGCUAUAGUGGAUGAGUAGGGAUUUUUAAAAAUGGUGUCCGUGGAUUUUUAUCUGAUUGCUGCUUGGCUUAGAAUCCACAUCUGUUUGUAACAUUGCUUAAAGGACAGUUCCCAUUUGGUGUACAAUUAUGCAAUAUAACUGCAUACCAGAUGUAUAAUGUGCUUGUCUAUCCAUGCCUCAGAAUAACUACACUUUAUUUGUGUUCUACAUUUCUUUCACUCUAAGAAAGAGAAGUAAUAGAUAUUAACGAAAUAGACUAUUUCUAUGAAAUGCAUAGCUUUUAGUAAACUUAUUUUACAGCAUUUUUUUAACUACAAUGAGCAUGGUAGUGCAUAAAUAUUUCAGGUGAUGGAUUACCUUUAAAAGUCCUUAUAAAAAAUACAAAUUAACUAAAAGAGCAUUAAGGUUAGGUGUUUUUGUUUUUUUGCACAUAGAUGCAUUACAGAAAAUUUCCUGUGGAAAAACUAAUUAUUUGUUAGUAUAUUUUCUUAGCAAAUUGCGGAAAAUAUGUAGAAGAGAAUUGGAUAAUUAAAAUUAACAGUUCACUGCAAUAAUAAAAUUGAUAUUUUUGUAGCUGUAAGGGUUAACAAUCAGCACCUUCUCAGGGAAAUAAAAGUCCAGAUGAUAGUCAAGACUGAAGCUGUUACCCUGUUGGAUGUUGCAUACACAGUGGGUUUGGGCUGGGAUUCAACUGUCUGACUGACUUUUUUCAUUUUUUUACGCCUAUCCCUAGCAGAUAUCAUUGGUUAUAUAGUUCACUUAGAAACCAACCUUGGUGUCCUAGUUUUAGACUGCAACAAUAGCAGAUUCUUUAGUAUGAAACUUGUCUUGGUUAUGUAGGACUGGAACUGGAAUUGUAUAUCAGUUUUCUGAUGUUUCUCAUAAGCCCUCACCAUGGUUGCCAUUUAUUUUAAGAUUAGUAUGUUGAAUUUGACAGGAAAAGAAUCUUGUAAUCCAGUUGGAUAAUACAACAAAUGUUUCCAUUUGUGCAUUAUGAGAAAUGCCAGGUUAAUUUAUUUUGGCCAUAUCAAAUAUGUGCUACUUUUGGUAGGUAGGGAAAAAUGCCAAUAACGUAUGUUUGUGUUGCAACUAUUAUUCACAUCUUGCCCUAAAUACAUUUCCUUUAUUUUGAAGCCACCUUGCAGUGCAAACACUAGUUUGCAUGGUUCCUAAUUAAGCUUGAAUUUAGGAAAUUGCAUUUGAGUUGAUACUUUAUUUGGCCAAGAAUGAUUAUAUACACAAGGAAUUUGUCUCCGGUGCAUUUAAAAAUGUCUUAAAUGGCUCAAAUACAGCUUUUAUCAUUACAAGUACGUUUUACUUUUCUGUAUGUAUUACACUGUCUGUGAAAGACUGGCUGCAAAUUUGCCUGAUAUACUCUAUUUUGUUUUUUAUAAAAUUGUUCAUUUUAAAACAUGGGCAUUUGCUGGGGAAGUCAUGACUGUGAAAGAAACCUUGCCUUUUAAAAAAUUAAUUUAAUUUUGCAUAUUGUGGCAAGACAUGAAAUUAACACAACUAAAAGGUAAAAUUUCACUUACUCCCUACUCAGAUUCUGCCCAUCAAACAAAAGUGUCACAAAAGAACUUGCCGUAUCCCUUUUUUAGGUGCAUCCCAGUAUAAAAGAAGCAGAGAAUGACAAAGUCAUCCACCAUCUUGACUUUUUUGACUCCCAUGAUAUCUCUGUUCAAAAAAAUAAAAUCUCCACUAAUCAGGGACGGUAGCUUAUUAUUAUAGAUAUUUAAACGUAGUCUCUAUUUUUUGUAUGAGGGUGAUUAUUUUGACACUCAAAAUAUUUUUUCCUGGUAAAUAUAAUUUUGUUUGCAUUCAAGGACCAGAUUUUCCCCUGGCAUGUACAACCUCAUCUUGAAUUUAAAAAAACUUUAGUUAAUCCUUUGUGAAGGCUGAGUAAUUUUCAUUAAGCUAGAUAUAUUACAGUAACAAAAGUGAUGUUUGCAUACUUCAGCUUAAUGGGCUGUUUGACUUGCAACAACUGUGACCCCUGCUCAUCUCUAAUACCUAUAGCUCAUCCUGUUUAGGAACUGCAUUAAUUAAGAGCUAAUUACUAAGUCUGGGCUAUUGUGCACUGCCAGAAGCAAAUUGGAAAACAUUCUUCAUGAUACAAAUCAAAGAUUUAUUGUUCCAUUACUGCUCAGUGAGCAAGUAUCUUUGAACACUGACAUGAAUGAAAAAAACAAUAUUCAAAGUGAUAAUCACUUGGUUUACUUAUAAAUUUUAAUUUUGUGCUGUCCUUGUUGAGGUCCAGAAUGUCUUAGGCUACCCAGUGUUUCUGAUGAUUAUUAAGAUCAUGGUCCAAUUGGUGUUACACCACCUUCUUUAUUUAUAUCUGCCAUCACAUAGUUAGCUCAUUUAUUUUCCAUACACAUCAGAUUUACUGUAUUGUUCCAUGAAGCAGAUUACUAUAAUUGCCCUCUCAAGAACAUCUUUUAAGUUUUUCAGCCAGAUCACUUUUGAGUUUGUAAAAUCUAUACAGUAAGCCUGAUCAUGCUAGGAAAAUUCACACACAACACAAAAUGUUGUUAUGGAAAAAAGAUACAAAAUUUUACUUUCCAUUCUCUUUCUAUGGGAUCAUUUAUUAUUAUUUAUUAUUAAAUUAAUAAACAAUUUAAUUAUAAAUAAAUUAUUAAUAGAUACUAAAUGAAGUCUGGUAUCAAGCCAAUAUCACCUAUUUUAUUGUUAUAGACUAGCAAUAACUUUAUUUUAGAAAAUUACAUAGCAUCAUCAAAAUAAUGCAUAGAAAAUUGAUAUGUUUCCUUUUUUUAUCCUUUGUAUUAUAACAUGGAUUUAAUAAUGAAAACACUGUUGAUGUUUCUUGUUCAUACACUCACAAGCUAUAAUUAUGGUUUGAGGAAAGAAGGAGGUGCUGUUAGAUGUCUUUAAAUCAUGGUCUUUUGCUUUCAAUCAUCUCAUGAAUUGAUGCUUAUUAUUUUUCUUUGACUUUCCAGCUGGAAAGAAAAAUUCCUGUUCUUAUUGGUUGCACAUCUAAAGUGGCAUGCUUUGUAUUAAUUUGUUCAGACUACCUUUGUUAUCAAUAGUUUGUCAACUUCAAUUCUUUUGUCAUAUUUUGGUCACUUCAUUGACUGGUGCUGCAGCCAAAGCCAUGAGGUAUAUAGAUAAAACCAAUGUCGUAAGAAUAGUUUUGAUGGGAGCUUCUUCAAGAUUGAGGCAGACAUCUUAACAUCUUGAGGUCUCUCUGCCAGACUCUUUCCUAUAGCAGGCUGGGCAAUAUAUGAAGUGGAAGCUCAACAUUUCUGGAAGAUACCCAAUUUGGGAAAACUGCUAUAUUUGAGACUUGGCUAAUCAUCCUAAAGGCAGUUUUAGGGAGGGAAACACUAAAGUCAAAUCUGUGGCAUUUCUGAAACAAAGAUGAUUAAAAUGUAAUGUAGUCCUUAAUGAACUGUGAUUAAAUAUUACUAUUCAUGAUGUAAAUAAAACCUAAAGUUGAUUUUUGUCUGCUAAAAAACAGUGUAAUUCUAACUUUUGCUUACAUAAUCUGAUUUGUUGUUUUUUUGUCCCUCUAUGCCAUUAGAAAUGUUCCAGGAUACAUAAAAUGCAUAUCGGUCUUAAAACAACAUUUCAUCAAUCUGAAUCCUAUUUUAUUAAACUAGAUUAAAUUGUA